AUGAAUCGGGGUGAAGAGGUGGUUUGGGCGGGUGGAUAUUCGAGCGAGGACAGGCGGCCCGCGCACGGCGCAGGGCGGGCGGACGCAGCGCUUUCUCGGAGCUCGAAGCCGUUGCGGAGGGCUGAGGGCGGCGGCUGGCGCGGCAGUCGCGCGCGAACACGUGCGCGCACCGCCUUGCGCCGAUGGAAUGAAAAUCUAGACAAUGAAAGGCUAGAAGAAUCAUCACCUGUGAGAACUGAUUUGAAAACCCAAAAAAUACAAAUUAAUAAAGGAGAUAUACAAUAUUAUUAG